AUGUGGAUCCCUAUCCUCGCUGCUGCCCUGGCUGGGUUGGCUGUUGCCUGGCCCACGACGACAAUCCUGACCACCACCACCACAGCACUCAACUUCCAACCUUCCGGUGGUCUCGGAACCAACUCUACACCUCCGUUCUAUCAUCCCCUGAGCGAUUUUGAUUUCCAGUCCCUCAACCUGGCAUUAAACCAACAGCCCCUUGAACUCGACCUCUUCCACUUUGGCCUCGCAACGUUCACAGUUCAAGAAUUCGAGGACGUACAGAUCUUCGAAGCGGAUAGAUUCCUCAUCCAGUUUCUAGCCAACCAAAAAGUGUCGCAUUCUACUCUGCUCUCCAACAUGAUUGGAGAACAAGCAGCCAAUCAGUGCACUUAUCAGUUCCCAUUCGAAGACGUCCGCGAAUUCAUCAACUUCAGCCAACAGAUAGCAGCAAUAGGCGAAUCCGGCAUCCUAGGCUUCAUCGAACACCUCGACUCACGCACAGCUGCCCAACUCCUUGCUCAAACACUAACAGCCUCCUCCCGCGAACAAAUGAUAUUUCGCCAAUACAAAGGCCUCUUCCCCAUCCCUGUCGAUUUUCAAACGGCGAUUACGCAGAGCAUGAUGUGGACGCUGUUGGUGCCAUUGAUUAUAAGUUGUCCAGCUGGGAAUCCGGUGAUUGAGUUCCAGAAUUUUCCGGCAUUGAAUGUUGUUAACAACCCCGACCCAACACUCUUUGUCAACACCUCCAUCCCAGACAACACCUCCAUCCCAGACAACAACACCAACCCCACCAUCACGCAUAACCGCUCCAUUCCCCUCUCCUUCCACGGACGACAGGUCAAUCUUACUUGGGAUUUACCCGGUCAAGCGAUAGGCCCCAAUAGUAGCUUUGUUACGAAUACGACUGCUGGUCCACCUCAGUUCGUAGCUUGGAUAUCGCAACUCAAUACCACCUACACCGUCCUCGAAAACAUCAUCAAUCAGACGGGGACGACGUUCCAGCCGAAUGGCACCAUUUUUGGGAAUGGGUCUUCGCCUAUUGUUAAUGCUACUAUGCACGUACCCCCCCUUUUGUUCAUUGCGAUAACGGAUGAAGAUAUCUUCGUGACUCCGUUCAACAUUUCGUUCAUAAAUCCGCAUAUUGUUGCUGGGCCUGCUGUUUAUCAGGCUGGUUGA